AGGAGACAGGGCAUGUAGAAUGUUUCAUGUGGAGGUAGCCUGAAAUGUAAGGAAGGAAGAAGGUUGGGGGAAAUGAUUGAAAGAAAGAAAGAAAGAAAAGGGGGAGUUUCAUUCUCAAAGUUGGUCAGCUUUCCAUUUUAAUGAGUUAUGAGAGAAGCAGCAGCAUAAGAUAAGAAAUUAAAGAAAGAACCAGCAUAAAGCAUAAGCAACCAUUCACGUCUCAAAUUAAAUCUGUGACACACACUUUUCUCUUCUCUUCUCUUCUCUUCUUUUCUUCGACGUCAUCACUCAUCACAUGGGUUCCGCCACCAGUAGACUAGACGGUUCUCGCCCUCCCACGCCGAGGCUCAACCGCAACAACACACGCUUCAGCCUCUCCUCUCUUCUCUGCGGUGCUUCCACCUCUCGCUCCACCUAUCAGGGAUGGCUUUUACAUAGAUACUCAACAAAUAACUAAUACUGGAAGUGACCUUCUUAUAUUGUUUUAUAUAGAUGGAAGAACAUCCAUCUGAACUUCAGGUAGAUUUAGCAACAGAACCUGAUGGUGGAACUCAGGAAAUCACUGAGGAAUCAUCUUUAUCAUGUACAGAAGCUAGAAUCAGCUGCAGCCACCAUGCUGAAGCCGCUACCUCAUCCAAUACAAGAACUGAGUCUCAUCGGCAUAUUGGUAUUGAAGGUUCUUCCAUAAAUGUUGCAGCAAGUAGUCAGAGGAAGUGCUUGUCUGAAUGUAAGGAGCUAGUCCCUCCUCAUCAGGUAAGUGCUGGUCAUAGUGGUAAUGAAUCAUAUAGGGAUAGUAGCAAUACAGCUAGUACUUCUUUUGUAGAGCAACAAUCUUCAGAUCCAGUCUCUGUAAAUGUUUCUGCUAACAAAGAUGGAGUCAAUAAUGUUGAUGAUCCAGUGGUUAGUGGUGUAUCUCAAAUCUCUCAUGAGACAGUGCAUCCAUGGAGUUCGAGCCCUCAGGAGAAUGGAUAUUUUAGUUCUGGGGAAAUUUCUGUUGAGAAUGAUGCAUUAAUGGCUACCCAAAGUCCUUCUUCGGAUCCCGUUUCUCAAGUUUCCAAUUUACCGGCACCUUCUCCUAUGCCCGAAGAUGAACCUCGCAGAGAGGCAAUACCUUCAGGAUUAGGUAUUCUUGUGUCUAAUCGGGAAAGAGUGCAGGGAAAUGAUAGUGUGCUUCAAGUUGAUGUUGUCACAAUAUCCUCCAACAUCUUGUCUGGCAGCACUGCUGAUGCCAAUGAUCAUGAUACCGGAAGGAGUGGUAGAAGAAUAUUUUGGGAUGCUUUUUCACGGCGUAGUUCUAGAAGGCUUGGCGACUCUCAAACAAUUGUGUUCUCUGCUGGCGGUGCCGAUGAUCCUAGAUCUCAAGAUAGAUGGCUUGUUGAUCUUGGUGGGGAUUUCUCCAACGAUGGGUUUGGAGGUGCUUCUUCUGGAUAUGUGGGCAGUAGAAUUCACAGAUUUAAUGAAAGAAUGCGGCACUCAAGAUCCGAGAUCUGGGAAAGGCUUCGAGGUGGCCUUGAUGAUUUUGGUCGUUUGAAUUCUUCAUGUCCAUCAGGACUUCAUGCAGAUGGUAUGUGCUCAUGUGAGUCUUUACCAACAGCUGAAGAAUCUAGCACUCGAGCAAGUAUUUCAAGAAUUGUCAUGCUGGCUGAAGCUCUGUUUGAGGUUUUAGAUGAAAUCCAUCGGCAACCUGUAUCGCUUUCCCUAUCCAUGGUUUCCCUUCCCGCACCUGAAUCAGUUGUCGACUCUUUCCCUCUUAAGUCUCACAAAAAGGUCGAUGCAGCUGACGGUGGCAGUGAUGCUGAACAAUGUUACAUAUGUUUGGCGGAGUAUGAAGAAGGGGACCAAAUUCGAGUUCUUCCUUGCAACCAUGAGUAUCACAUGUCGUGCGUUGAUAAGUGGCUUAAAGAAAUACAUGGCGUAUGCCCUCUUUGUCGUGGCAAUGUUUGUGGAGGGUUCACGGAGUCUUCUGCCAACUCAGUGCCAUCUCAUUGAUAUUGUUGUACAUAUGGAUGUAAAUAUUCAAAUGACAUGUAGAAAAUAGCCAUUUAGAUUACCUAUCUAUUCUGGCAAAAUAAUGAGAUAUUUUUGUAUUCCAAUUUUGUGAUAUUCCUUCCCCCAAUUACAUUUUCA